GGAAGGCGAGGUAGAGAAGAGGGAAAUAGAGAAGGAAAAAGGAAAGUGGGAAGGAGAAAAGGGAGAGAGAGUGAGAAGGUGGAAAAAUAAUUUCAAGUUCUUGAUAGUCUGAAGAAGGCGGCUGCGCUGCGCCGAAGAGAGGAGCGAAUCGGAGCCAGAGGAUGGGUCGCCAAGCCGUUGCUAAGCUCAUAGGAUCGGCCAUUAAUCGCAAAACUUCUUCAUCUUCAUCACCGUCUGCGUUUUCGCGGGCGGCGUCGCAGAUUCGGCAUUACGCGGCGGCCCCGCCACCUCCGCCGGCGGUGUUCGUAGACAAGAACACUCGCGUCCUAUGUCAAGGGAUCACUGGUAAAAACGGUACCUUCCACACAGAGCAGGCCAUCGAGUAUGGCACCAAAAUGGUAGGUGGUGUAACGCCAAAGAAGGGUGGAACGGAACACUUGGGACUUCCUGUAUUUAACUCAGUUGCCGACGCCAAGGCUGAAACAAAGGCCAAUGCAUCAGUUAUUUACGUUCCCCCACCAUUUGCUGCAGCAGCUAUCUUGGAGGCGAUGGAAGCUGAGUUAGACCUUGUUGUUUGUAUAACGGAAGGGAUCCCACAGCAUGAUAUGGUGCGAGUUAAGGCUGCUUUAAACAAGCAAUCUAAAACUAGAUUGAUUGGCCCCAACUGCCCUGGUAUUAUCAAGCCCGGCGAAUGUAAAAUUGGAAUUAUGCCUGGAUACAUCCAUAAACCCGGGCGCAUUGGCAUUGUGUCACGAUCUGGUACCUUAACCUAUGAAGCGGUUUUCCAAACAACUGCUGUUGGCCUCGGACAAUCCACAUGUGUAGGUAUUGGAGGGGAUCCCUUUAAUGGGACAAACUUUGUUGAUUGCAUCGAGAAGUUCCUUGCUGAUCCUCAGACAGAAGGUAUUGUACUAAUUGGAGAAAUCGGUGGGACUGCUGAAGAGGAUGCCGCUGCUUUGAUAAAGGAAAGUGGGACUGAGAAGCCUAUUGUGGCCUUCAUUGCUGGGCUAACUGCUCCUCCAGGCCGUCGCAUGGGUCAUGCUGGUGCCAUUGUAUCAGGUGGAAAAGGUACAGCCCAAGACAAAAUUAAGACACUACGAGAAGCUGGAGUGACAGUGGUGGAGUCACCUGCGAAAAUUGGGGUUACAAUGCUUGAUGUUUUCAAACAGAGAGGCCUUGUUAGUUAGUCUGCAAAUCAGAACCUCAGAUUUCGAAGUUCCAUACUUCCAUUUUGCACAAAAUUUCGAGUUCCUGCUUCCACCAGAAAUGGUGUAAAAUUUCAAAUAAGGUACUCAACUUUGGUUGUCAAGAUUCAGAGCCUCUCACUGCUGAGAUUCAUUUUAAAACUCACGUAGAGACACUUUAUGUUUGAUUCAAUUUUCCGUAUUAUAUCAAGUUAUUAUAUUUUGCCAAUGUGGUAUGCCUCCAUUUUGGAUAUUUUAAAGAUAAUUGUUCAAAUUGUAUUAUCGGAAUUAGAUCGAAUUCGAGAGGUAAUAUUGUUUGCCUCCCAUCUUUGUUAUGUAGUGUGAAAAUCAAAUGAAUCUUCCUUCUUCA